UAAUUAGCUACCAUCCUUCCAUAAAAUAUCCUCACAAGUCCCAAUUAUCAUGGCUCUAUCUUUGUCUUCCACAAUACUUAUUAUUUCUUUGUCUGUUUUUGUGCUCGCCGGAGAUGCCAUGCGAGACAUGCCUGAAGAAGUGUCGAUGACGAACAUGGAACUCAGCAAUGUAACACACGGUACCAGACUUGGAACUCUGGUUAAAGUGGCAAAUUAUAAGCGGAUUUUGGUUAAAUUUCAUUGGUCUGGUGAAUGUUUUAGAGAUACCACUGGUUGGUGGUCAAAAAAUUGGGAUUUGUCCGUUGGCUGGCUUAUGACUGAGACUACAAACGCGAAAAGCUACACAUGCUCAGAUUCUUAUGAAUUUAGAGCAGGAAAUCAAGUCAUAGCAACGGACACAUUUUACACCCGUGUAACAAAUCCACAUGAAACAAUGUUUUUUCCAACGGAAGAACAAAAACGCGAAAUACGUGCAAACGGAAUUGGCGUUUACUUAAGGAGGUCGUCUGUAACCAAAGACGACAAAAAUGAACACGACCUUCUGCACCAGGUGGUGGAGACGAUAUGAAAAUGCUCGUCGUGUUUGCUAUAAAUUCAACUAUGCAGUGUGUUUAUAAAUAAAAGGCUUGUAUAGCUUAAGUUAUAUAUUGUUGUUUCAAUAAAUUAAGCUUCAUUUCGAUUUUCCAAUUUGGAACAAAAUAUUAAAAGAGUUUAAAUUUGUGGCAUUGAAGAAAAAAAAGGCUUAACUUGUCAAUAUUGGGUAAGUUACCAUCUUUGAUCAUUAAGUUUGAUGUUAUUUUAGGGUGUAACUUGCUCAAAAUUGUUAAGUUGAGAAUUUUUUAAAGUUUUUAUAAAAUUAAACUCUUUUGAUUUGUCACAAGUUGGAGAGUCGAAAAGAAUAUUUAUUAAUUGUUGUUUAAAGUAUUUGUGAGUGUAAUACAAAUGAAAUAAAAUUCGUAUGUGUUUAUAUUAUAGACAUGGGAAUUCUAUUUGCUA